AUGCCUUCAUGGAUUGUCAAAAUACCACUAUUAUUGAUUUUAUUGAUACAACAUACAAUUCCGAUGGCUAUGCUGCAAAAACCUUCAUAUUUUUCAUCAUAUGAUUCGAAUAGUGACCUAGAAGAAUACAUGAAAACUAAAAGCUAUAUUCCAAACGAAGAAAAUUUACCGAAAAUGCCUUCAGCAGUCACUUAUUCAGGUACUGAUUCAAGCUACGUGUUAUCAAAAUUGACAGACGAAGAAUUGUAUAAUCUCUUAAAUUCACAACCAAAGAAAAGUGAAUAUGGAUUAAGUGAUUUAAUUAAAGUUGGAUAUAAUGCAGACCGAGAUGCACCUAAAUAUUUUGUUAAACAGAAAGAAGAUGUUGAUUUCAAAAGCAAAAUUGCCAAAUUACCUCAAAAUCAUUUAUAUGAUAAAAGAAUUGACAAUCAAAAUGCAGUCUACAGAUUGCAGAACAGGGAAAUCGUAAAUGCGGCUGAUGAUCGAAAUUAUCCAGCGGUUAAGAAAUUAACUGAAUUACUAAACAAUAAUGUUCGUGGAUGGUACGACGACGAAUUUUCUGGAAUUGGGGGUGAUAAAAAAAGAGACUUACUAUUUAAUAUUUUAGUUGCUGAGUUGAGGUCACUGUGUUGCGAAAAGAACCAAGCAAAAUCCAUUAAACCAUUCGAUAGAUUAAAAACCUUUUUGAAUUCCAUAAAGGCAGAAGAUGUCGAAAAAAGGAAUUCAAUUAAUAAUGAAAAACUCACGAAAACUAUUUCAGAACACAUGUUUUUAGUAAUUAAUGACGAACUCAAAAGUAAGGUUAACACUGAUGAACUAAUGCUAGUUGACCCAGAAAGCCUAGCAAAAAAUAGCAGUGUGUUAUUACUUGGACCAAUAGUGACUCCGUUGACAGAUGAUCAAUUGAAAUUAGCUAUGGAUCGUAUUUCAAAUGAGAUUUCGAAACCAGAGUAUCUACCACUUCUUCGACAGUUGUCGGCAGGGCAAUUAUACAAUUACAACAAUCUUCGAAAAAGUUUCAUUACCGGUCCAGAGACAAGAAGAUACAUUAAGCCACACAGGUGUAAUUAUCAAUCGAAACUCGCAAAGAUUUACGGGGGCCCCAAAUGGAUUGUCUGCACCGGCUACCUUAAUUUAAAUGAACCUAGUCUGUAUGAUUAA